UCGCCCUCUCUUGGAAUCAUAUAGUGCACGAGAUAGUUGCACACAGUUUGAGUCGAGCUGUUGUGUUGUCACUUUGCACAAGCAGCGAUGUGAGUCGUCUCUGCUCCUCACACUGCGCAUAUCUGCACUCAGCUCGUCUCUGCUCCUUCUACCCGAAAGUGAAGCAACACAAAUCAUGGUCAUUAUCACAGAAGAAAUAUCAAGCUUGGGGCUCAACAAGAGGCCCGAUCAGAGUUUUGGAUCAUCACUGUGCAUGAACUGAAUGUGGGCAGAAAGAAAGGCAGCACCGCGCACAGUUGCAGUGGACGACGGAAGAGAAGAACAGCCGUGUGUGUGUUUUCAUAAGCGGAGCUCGGAGUGGGGGAUGUCGGGCAGAAGUGGAGGAGCGCCUCGGGGGUGCAGCAACCCCAGCAUGCAGCCCCUCAGAGCCACAGUCCCAUACCAGCUCCAGAGGGGCUCAGCGCUCCUCUGCAGGGAGGGCAAGACGGCUGACAGGACGACAGCUCGCCCACCGAAACCCACCAUCCGCCGAACUCUUUCUUUGGACGCCAUCGUCGCACCCUACCUGCAGGGACAUUGGCCCAAAGAGGCAGAGAGCCCGGCUGUUACCUGUGUCAAUGACAAAGCCACACAGACUCCAAGUUCCUGGGCAGAGGAGACGCGGGGAAGGAGAAGUGCCGGCGGACACAAGCGCUCGGCGUCGUGGGGCAGUGCAGAGCACCUGAGGGAGGUGGCCAAACUGAGGAACCAGUUGCAGAAGCGCUCCCGCCACGUUCCCCCCCCAGCAGGGUAUGAGCGCCCCCCCCACCCCCUGCCAACAGGUCAUGCAGCAGGCAUCACUCAGACCCUGCCGCUGAACAGACUCGCCCCACAGCUGCGACGUAGCGUUGAAGGCAUCAACUUGGAGCUGGAAGAAGUGUUUGUUUCUGAGAAACCUGACGAUCAGCACGAGAUUUUGGAUAUCCCGGAUGGCCACCGGGCCCCCGUCCCCGUCCAGAGAUGCAGCAGUGGCUCUCAGAGUGAGCCCUCCCCGGGCCCCCUGGAUCUGGAUCCUUCCCUCCUCUCUCCUUCUCAGUCCCCCUGUCCUCUAGAUCUAUCGCUUCUGUCUCCUUCAAACUCCCCUUCUCCAUUGAACCCAUCUCUUCUGUCUCCAUCACAGUCUCCCUGUUCCAUUGGAGAGCCAGAGCUGGUGGACUGUGAUACGCUGUGUCCCGCUCCGUCGACGCCGCUCCCUUCCUUUGCGCUGGAUCCUCCUCUGCUGCGCCCCGGCUCCUCCACUCCUCGUCCCAACAAAACCUACUUCUUCCAGCGCGAGCCGCCAGAAGGCUGCGAGCGAGUACGAGCGUGGGAGGAGGCGAUGUCCGCCUCUCAGGAUAAGCCUGUCCUCCAGCCAUCCUGCCCUGACCCCAAUAAAGUCAACUUCACCCCCCAUGGAGGCUCCGCUUUCUGCCCCGUCAGCCUCCUGAAGCCCCUCCUGCCCUCCAUGGAUCUCCUCUUCCGUGGCCUGUCAGUCUCUCCGGUCACCGGCUGCCCAGGUCAGGCCUCUCCUACCAGGCACCUGGGCAUGUAGUAGCCUCCUCUCAGGACUAAACAACACUGUCAGAACCUGCAUUCAACUGGAUAUGUUUUAAAUGCCACUGCUGUAACGUGCCAUGAUCACUGUGAUCAAAAUAAGAGACUCAUACUUACCUGAACUCUGUCAGUUUUACUGACUACUUCCACCUGCAGGAUGCUUUGUUUAAGAUUAUAUUUACCUCAUCAGCACUUAGUUUUGCCCCAUGUGGGCUAUGGUUUAACUACAGGACUGAAGUUCGGCUGACUGAGUUAUUGACGUUGUUGUUUUUGAUAAAACUGAAUAUUGUUUUAGUUGUUGUGUCAGCGGUUCAGACACAGAUUGCAGUCUGCUAUGGAUGUUUUCAUUUUUUAAUGUCAAAAUAAGUGAAUUCAGAUUUAAAAACCUAAGCACUUACAACACACGAGUAUUACUUUCUUACUAUCCUUUACUGUUGAUUUAAAGAAUUGUUACGUUUUUAGAUUAACUUUCAUCUUGUUUUGAGAUACAAAGUAUUUGAUGGGUGUGUUCCUGAAAUCUGUUGGUUGAAAAGAAAUGUUUUUUGGCCCAUAGUUUAAUAGUGGCCUGUUUUUCUACAUUAUUAUUAUUAUUAUUAUUAUAUAUUUUUAGAGAAGCUGGUGAUACUAUUUUAGUAAACCUGUAUUUCUGUUUAUACUUUAAUGAUUUCUAAGCAGGUAUUGAUGUUCGAUUAGCUUUACUUGCCUACAACGGGCAUUGUUUUAACCAAACUUUUGCAAUUUUGUCAACUUUUUAAGAGAGUCAAACUGAAUUUUUUUUUUUCUUUGGGUCAAUCUGAGCCUCUUUGGACCACGUGGUUCUGGCCAGAAAGCUUUAACGGUUUCAAUAUUCACUUAUACGGAGGAGGUUGAUUCCCUCUGCUCAAGUUAAUGUUCAAAUGGAUACAACACUGUAUUUUUCAGUAUGAUUCUAUGCAACACUGAUUAAAGAAAAACAUACCUAUAGUUGAAAUAAUAGGUAUUAUUUGUCAGACCUGAUUAUGCACCCUUUUCAUACCUUUAAUGUCUAAUAUGCUGUUGCCAUUGGGAAUAAAAUAUAAUAAACAGAUUUUCUGGGCGUUUAAAUCCCACUACUUAUAA